GCGAACCGAACCAAACCGAACCGAACCGGGCCGGGCACAGCGAAGCUUAGCGCCCCGCCCGCGCCUCACCCCGCUCCUCUCCCCACGCUGUGUCUGCUGCAGCACCGGCGGAGCGGGCGGCGGCGCGAUGGCCUCCAGCAGCGGCACCGACGUGAUCCAGGUCACCAACGUCUCGCCCAGCGCCAGCUCGGAGCAGAUGCGGACCCUCUUCGGCUUCCUGGGCAAGAUCGAGGAGCUGCGCCUCUUCCCUCCCGAUGACUCCCCCUUGCCGGUGUCGUCGCGCGUGUGCUUUGUAAAGUUCCACGACCCCGACUCGGCCGUGGUGGCCCAGCACCUGACAAACACUGUGUUCGUUGACAGAGCCCUCAUUGUGGUUCCCUAUGCUGAAGGAGUCAUUCCUGAUGAGACUAAGGCUUUGUCUCUCUUGGCACCAGCUAAUGCCGUGGCAGGGCUGCUGCCCGGGGGUGGCCUGCUGCCCACCCCCAACCCCCUCUCUCAGAUUGGUGCUGUCCCUUUAGCUGCUCUAGGAGCUCCUGCUCUCGACCCUGCCCUUGCUGCUCUUGGGCUUCCUGGAGCAAACCUGAACUCCCAGUCUCUUGCAGCAGAUCAGCUCCUGAAACUGAUGAGCACAGUGGAUCCAAAGUUGAACCAUGUGGCUGCAGGACUUGUGUCCCCCAGUCUGAAAUCAGAUACCUCCAGUAAGGAAAUAGAAGAGGCCAUGAAGAGAGUCCGAGAAGCACAGUCCUUAAUUUCUGCUGCUAUAGAGCCAGACAAAAAAGAUGAAAAACGAAGACAUUCGAGGUCGAGGUCGCGCUCGAGGAGGAGGAGGACUCCUUCCUCAUCCAGACACAGACGCUCCAGGAGCAGAUCAAGGAGAAGAUCCCAUUCCAAAUCCAGGAGCAGGAGGAGAUCCAAAAGUCCCAGGAGAAGGAGAUCCCAUUCCAGAGAGAGGAGCAGGAGGUCUCGGAGCACAUCCAAAACCAGGGAUAAAAAGAAGGAAGAGAAAGAAAAGAAACGUUCUAAAACUCCCCCCAAAAGCUACAGCACAACCAGAAGAUCCAGAAGCACAAGCAGGGAACGGCGGCGCAGGCGGAGCCGGAGCGGGACACGGUCCCCGAAAAAACCCAGAUCUCCCAAACGGAAAAUGUCCCGGUCCCCGUCACCCAGGAGGCAUAAAAAGGAAAAGAAGAAGGAUAAAGACAAGGAGAGGAGCAGAGACGAGAGGGAACGGUCAACGAGCAAGAAAAAGAAGAGCAAAGACAAGGAGAAGGAUCGGGACCGGAAAUCCGAGAGCGACAAGGAUGUGAAACAGGUCACAAGGGACUACGACGAGGAGGAACAGGGCUACGACAGCGAGAAGGAGAAGAAGGAGGAGAAGAAGGUGGCAGAUGCUCCCUCCCCCAAAGGGAAGGAGCCCCCGGCCGAGAAGGGCAGUGGGGAUCCAGGCAGGGAAUCCAAGGUGAACGGGGACGACCACCACGAGGAGGACAUGGACAUGAGCGACUGAGCCCGCCCACAGCCCCUCCAGUGUGAUCCUUUAUGCUGUACUUGUUAAUCCUCAACCUAGAUGUAUCCAGCUCCGAGCUCUCCAUGGUCUGUCCAUCCCGAUACUAACUCACACCCAAAGCUUGAGACAGGGCCCCCCCUGCUCCGGGGGCCCAGCUGGGGCCGGGCCAGGCUGCACGUCCCUCCCUCAGCACGGGCGGGGCCAGCCCUCCUCCCUCCCUCCCUCCCUCCCUGCCUGCUUCCCUCCCUCUGGAGUGUCCCGGGCUGAGCCCGCAGGGCCAGGAAUGUCCCAGGAGUGUGGGGAGUGUAGCACAGCCCCCCCUUGUCCUGUGGGAAUGUCCCAGGAGUGUGGCACAGCCCCCCUGUCCUGUGGGAAUGUCCCAGGAGUGUGGCACAGCCCCCCUUGUCCUGUGGGAAUGUCCCAGGAGUGUGGCACAGCCCCCCCUGUCCUGCAGCCUCCCAGAGUUGGCUUUGGAUCACAUCAGCUCUUUGUGCUCUGGGCUUUAGUUCUGGUUUUAAGCCACGUGCUGGGCUCGGUUGGGUUUGGAUUCGUGGUGGGUUUUGGUUGGCUGUGCCCAGGGUUCUGUGCCCUGACCUUCCUGAGGGCUCUCUCUCCACCGUUCAGCUCCAUCCAGGAUGAGCUGGGAUGGUCUGAGCCCAGGAGGGGGAAUCCUGCCCGUGCCCAGUGAGGGAGGGUUGGGGGAGCAGCCUCACCCGGGGCUGGGGGCUCAGGAGCUCACCCACUGCAGCAGGGAGUGCAUUUUAAAAUGCCCUUGGUCUGUUUUUAAAGCAAGUCCAUUAAUAAUGUACUUUUUACUUGAUCUCAAGUUGUACAAACGGAUGAAUUUGUGUUCCUGUCCCGGCCGUUCCCUCCCUCCCGCACUCGGUGAUCCCGUGGUAUUUGCAGAGUAGUUUCCCAAAGCUGUUCCUUAGUUCCAGCAGCUCCAGAGCUUUUACUUUUGUGCAGGUAAAGAGACAAAAGUAGCCGACAGUCUGUGCCAUGUCGAUGUACAGUUUCGGAAAAUGUUUUACAAAACUUUGAUAAUAAAACCCUGAAACUUCAACUCCUCUUCCUAGAAAA